AUGAGGAAGAUGCUCGCCGCCGUCUCUCGCGUGUUGUCGAGCGUUGCCCAGAAGCCGGCAAGCAGAGUGCUCGUGGCAUCCUGUAAUUUUGCAAAUGAUGCUACUUUUGAAAUUAAGAAAUGUGAUCUUCACCGGCUGGAAGAGGGCCCUCCUGUCACUACAAUGCUUACCAGGGAGGAUGGGCUCAAAUACUACAGGAUGAUGCAGACCGUUCGCCGAAUGGAGUUAAAAGCAGAUCAGCUGUAUAAACAGAAAAUUAUUCGUGGUUUCUGUCACUUGUGUGAUGGUCAGGAAGCUUGUUGUGUAGGCCUGGAGGCCGGCAUCAACCCCACAGACCAUCUGAUCACGGCGUACCCGGCUCAUGGCUUUACCUUUACUAGUGGACUCUCUGUCCGGGAGAUUCUCGCAGAGCUUACAGGACGAAGAGGUGGUUGUGCUAAAGGAAAAGGAGGAUCGAUGCAUAUGUAUGCCAAGAAUUUCUACGGAGGCAAUGGCAUCGUGGGAGCUCAGGUGCCCCUGGGAGCUGGGAUUGCUCUGGCCUUUAAGUAUAACGGAAAAGACGAGGUCUGUUUGACUUUGUAUGGCGAUGGCGCUGCUAAUCAGGGUCAGAUAUUCGAAGCUUACAAUAUGGCAGCUUUGUGGAAAUUGCCUUGCAUUUUCAUCUGUGAGAAUAACCGCUAUGGGAUGGGAACAUCUGUGGAAAGAGCAGAAGCCAGCACUGAUUACUACAAGAGAGGCGACUUUAUUCCUGGGCUGAGGGUAGAUGGAAUGGAUAUCCUGUGUGUCCGGAAGGCCACAAAAUUUGCAGCUGCCUAUUGUAGAUCUGGAAAGGGGCCUAUACUGAUGGAGCUGCAGACUUACCUUUACCAUGGACACAACAUGAGUGAUCCUGGAGUGAGUUACCAUACCCGAGAAGAGAUUCAGGAAGUUAGAAGUAAGAGUGACCCUAUCAUGCUCCUCAAGGACAGGAUGGUAAACAGCAAUCUUGCCAGUGUUGAAGAAUUAAAGGAAAUUGAUGUGGAAGUGAGAAAAGAAAUUGAGGAUGCUGCUCAGUUUGCUACUGCUGAUCCUGAACCACCUUUGGAAGAACUCGGCUAUCACAUUUACUGCAACGAUCCACCUUUUGAAGUCCGGGGUGCAAACCAGUGGAUCAAGUUUAAGUCCAUCAGUUAAGGCGAGAUACACACCUUCAGUGGGUUAUUUGGCAGCAAUUGUAAGAAAUGCUUUGUGUUCUCAACUUUG